CAGAUCUCACUGGGGAAUCAAAAAGCAAACACAGAGCAUGUAGACACAAUGGAGCGACCAACAGCCGAACCUUAAAAAUACUACGACCUGCUGCUGUUCAUUGGGGAAAAGGUAUUUACGACCACGGAACCACGUUAGCCCCGCCAUCACACUGAAAUGGCACGAAGGGGAGCUAUGCCGUUUCUGCCCAGACUUGGAGACGCUUGAUUAACCAUGAUGAAGACUGAAUCCCCGUCCGCAACAAGCACCGCCGCCAAUUCCACUUUGAGGAGCCCUUCCCCGCACAGAAACGCGUAUGAGGCUGGGAUCCAGGCACUCAAGCAGGCUAAAGAUGGCCUUAGCAAUGCCGCGAACGGGGAUGAAGCACAAGGGGGCAAGCCCAAAAUCUCAUCCCGCGGCAGGAGGUAUGGCUCCAAUGUCCAUCGGAUCAAAAAUAUGUUCCUGCAGAUGAGUACCACCGGGCCGGGGGAAGGGGAAGACCCCUCACUGGUGAAUGAUAGGUCGGUCCGGCUUUCCCUGCCAAGGGCCAGUAGUCUGAAUGAAAAUGUGGACCACAGCGCUCUGCUGAAGCUCGGGGCAACUGUUUCGGAGCGUGUCAGCCGUUUUGACCCCAACAAGACUGCAGCGCAGCAGCGGCAGUCAUCGGGCCUCUCUAAGCUUCAGGAGACACGUAAGUAUUUUGAGCAGCGGACCUUGCAAGAAAAACAAGCGGCCACCAACCGCAUCUUACUCAAAAAGGAGCGGGCAGCUGGCUUUCAGGACGGGAAGCUGGACGUGGUUGUGCGUUUCAACGGCAGCACGGAGUCACUGGACAGUUUAGAUGCGGGGGGCGCUGGGGAAGCCGUCUCCCCGACUGUAAGCCAACUGAGCGCCGUGUUUGAGAAGGCUGACCUCCGCAACAACCUGCACCAGCCUUGCACCUCUUCUCUGCCCAGGGGAGCCAGCCCGCCACCGGGAAAGGUGGCCAUGCUCAACUCCAAAAUCAUAACCAAGAAAUCGCGGGCCCUUCCGCUCUCUGGCAAUGAGGAGGAAAGCCUGGUUGCAGGGGGGGGUCGACAGCGGAAGGAAUGUGACAGGUCCCCUGGUAGCAGGGGCAAGUCAGCUGCUGUUAACGAUGAAACCUCCAAGAGCACCGGGACUGGAAGCAGAGUGGGAACCAGAUCAGAAGAGCUGGUCAAGAUUAAACCUGUGGAGGUGGAGGAGAGCAGGGAGAAUGAACCGGAAGAGCAGGGAUCUGGUGUGGAACCCUCAGGAGAAGCAGAGAAAGAGACUGGAGAAGAAGCCAACGUUGGCCCCAAUAGCACCCCGGAAGGAGGUAGUAGGCUAGUGCAGGCUGAAGUGCAUGCCUCUUUGGAGAAUGGAGGGGAAUCGCCACCUGAAGGGCCGUUGGAGCCCACCACAGCAGAACCCAACUGUGCAGCCCCAGAGACCCCAGGGGGAGUGGGGGAGGAGGAGGGGGGCCUGGGGGACUCCCCGCAGGGGGAGGACAGGGAUUUCGAUGGGGGAGAGGAAUCCCGCAGGGAGGAUUACUCCGAGGGGGACCUGGUGGAUAUCAGCGCCUACAGUGGGAUCGGGGAAGAUUCCGGGGGCAGUCAGCUGGAUGAGGAUGAGGAGGGAGAGGAAGAAGAGGAGCCCUAUGAGCCGGAGUCGAGCUGCUCUGAGAUUCCAGGCCUCCCGCCCGAGGAAGACGAGCCCCCGCCCAGCCGGAAGAUCCGCUUCAGCACGGGGCCCAUCAAGGUGUUCACCACUUACUGCAAUGAGGACUACGACCGACGGAACGAUGAUGUGGACCCCAUGGCUGCCUCAGCUGAGUACGAGCUGGAGAAGAGGGUUGAGAGGCUGGACUUGUUCCCCGUGGAGCUGGAGAAAGAUGGAGAUGGUCUGGGGAUCAGUAUUAUUGGGAUGGGAGCCGGUGCGGACAUGGGCCUGGAGAAACUGGGCAUUUUCGUGAAGACUGUGACUGAGGGAGGGGCCGCUCACCGGGACGACAGGAUCCAAGUAAAUGAUCUAAUUGUGGAGGUGGAUGGGACAAGCCUGGUUGGAGUCACUCAGAGUUUCGCCGCGUCUGUCUUGAGAAACACCAAGGGCCAAGUCAGGUUCCUGAUUGGUCGGGAGAAGCCGGGGGAGCAGAGUGAAGUGGCCCAGCUGAUUCAGCAGACCUUGGAGCAGGAGCGCUGGCAGAGGGAGAUGAUGGAGCAGCGCUACGCCCAGUAUGUGGAGAAUGAGGACGAGACCGGGGAGUACGCAACAGAUGAGGAGGAUGAGAUGAGUCCCAUGUUCCCCAGUGCGGAAAUGGCCAUUGAGGUGUUUGAUCUGGCUGAGAAUGAGGACAUGCUGUCCCCCAUAGAGCUGGACCCAGAGAAACUGGCCCACAAGUUCAAAGAGCUCCAGAUUAAGCAUGCAGUCACUGAGGCUGAAAUACAGCAACUUAAAAGAAAGCUGGUGUCGACGGAACAAGAGAAGAUGCGCUGGCGGAUGGAGAAGGCCCAGCUGGAGCAGAGCGUGGCUGAUAAUAAGGAGCGCAUGGAGAAGCUGGAGGGCUACUGGAUGGAGGCCCAGACUCUGUGCCAGGCUGUGGACGAGCAUCUCAAAGAGACCCAGGCCCAAUACCAGACCCUGGAGCGCAAGUACAGCAAGGCCAAGCGCCUCAUCAAAGAGUACCAGCAGAAGGAAAUCGAGUUCCUGAAGAAGGAGACAUCCCAGAGAAGAGCACUGGAGGAAUCGGAAGCCGCCCACAAAGAAGAAACGGACACGCUACAGGAAAAGAUUACAGACCUAGAAGCCAAACUGGAAUCACUGAAGGGAGCCAACGCCUCAAACCCAGAAGAAGAAAAAUAGGGCUUUUAGCACUAUAAAAAAAAAAAAAAAAAAAGUUUCAUUAAAAAAAAAAAAGAAAAAAGAUAAAGGACUUUUGAUAAGUGCUACAAGCAGGGUUUCUAGGAAACACUUUAUACCUGAAGUCCUUUUCCCCCAUUGCAGUCCUAAGUCCAAAAAGCUUAGUCUUUCAGCUGCCAUGCACAUAGUGCUGUUGUGGGCUUUUACUUCUACUGAUGCUAGGGAGCAGUGGGGCAAAGUGAGCAAAGUACGCUAGCAAUACUGCCACGAAUACUAAGUCAGUUUAUAUAUUUUAUACGUCAAAAUGAAGACAACAAUUGCAACUUCCUUAACCAAAAUUGUGCAUCACAACAAAUUGUUUUAAAUUGAAUUAAUGGGCCUUUCCUAUUUGACCAUUACAUUUGUGAAAAUAGAUCCUAAUAUAUAUAAUUUAGAAACCCUAUGGCCUAAGUGUGUGGUAAUUGUUUUCUCUGUGAUGUAUAGUAUUAAUGGUGUUGCCAUUCAGAAGUGGUCUGAUGCAUUAUGUGGGACCAUCAUGAUGUUUUACAUUAUAUUUGUAUAUAUUUCAUAUGAAAACGAAAGACAAGGCAAGGAGAGACUGCAAAAGAAAAACAGUUUAUUUCAUGCUGAAGUUGAGAGAACCUUGUUCCAAAUAUCAAAUCAGCCAUCACUUUAAAAACUCCACUGUAAAAAUCUGAAGAAAGCGUUUUUAGUCCAGUUGACUAAUGUCCUUUUGUGUUUCUGACAUCCAAAAGCAACUUUGACACUUUCAGCCUAAACUGGGAUCUGAAACUAGCCAGUCCUCAGCACUAACCACUGAGCCACAGUGCCUCGCAUUGAAUUUCAUUAAACUCAAUAAACAGAAGUUGUUUCAAAAUCCCACUUUAAUAGGAACAAUAGGAAUCUAGAAUAGAUAAAACAGGGGUCUCGCUGUAAAGAUUACAGCCAUUGAUAUUCAACUUUAUCAUGUAGCGUGUGAUGUUAACCAGCCAAGAAUUAUUUUAGUGCUCAUCACUAAAUAAAAAAAAAAAAAAACAUCCUACCCUUAAUCAUUAACCUUAACCUUAAAUGAUUCAUUUGGUCACUGACGUUCAGCAGUGGGAGUUUUAGCUUUUUUAUCCAGCUUUCAAUUAUUGCUACAUAAAAAGGGAAACGCUGUGUAUAUCUAAAUAGGGCUUUCACACUUUGGAAUAGGCACCAGUUCGUUUUCUUAUUAAAUAUUUUGCAUACCAGAAAACUUCCAUUUUGGGUGAAAUGUGAGUCUUUAAAAGGACUUCAGGUAUAAAGCAAGUGUUUUGUUGUCGUCAGCAGGGUUUUAGCACUUGGUAAGGUUGCGCACCCCUUAUUAAGGUACCAUGGACAAAUUGUCCCUCUUGCCGAAGGUACCCUGUUUAAACUAAGUAGGGCUAGUCCCCCCUUGCUUUGGGUUUCUAUUUCUGUAUUAUAUUUAAAAGUUCAGACGCCGCAAGUCAUUGAAAAACCUUUGGUAAUGUUUAUUUUCCGAUGUCGUGAGUCAUGUUUUGUAGUAAGCAUAUAUGGUUGGUAUAUUAUACCAAGCGAAGUUUUCUGAGCUCUGCUAUUGAGUUCUCCUGAAGUGAACUAGAGUCAUGUUUUUUAAUAAUCAUAUAUGCCUGUGAGUUUAACCCCAGGUUAAUGACCUGUUCACCAUGGCAGUAUGUGUAUAUGUUUGUAAGAAUCUGGCCAGUAAAUGUUAAUGAAUUUGGUCCUAGCAAGAGAGGCAGGCUUGAAAUAUUGCACACGCCUCUCUCUAUACCAAUAAAAGGGUUUAGAGGUGUGGCAUACACUCAGCCAAGCUCCGCCCUGUAUAUGUUCCAGUAUCAAGGCCCCGCCCUCACCUCUAUCCUCAUGCCCCGUCUCUAUCUGUAAAGCUUUUAAAUAUACUGUCCUCCCUAUGCAUACUGGUUUGUUAAGAGCUCAGAAACUAUACUUGUUAACAAACUAUGUCAGUAACACACAAGGGUAGAACUAGCACAUUACAGGUGUUCCCAGGCUCAGUAUGUAGAAUUACCUGCACAUACCAGAGCACAUGACUUUCGUACCCCAAGAUAUAGCCUAUAUCAGCUCAGCCAAUCAGGGAUCAGUGAAAAAUGUCACUGUGACUUACAUUUACAGUAUGUGGAAUCCUUGUAAUAAAAUGUGCUGGUAUUUUUUUCAUCCCAAAUGGUUCUGAAGAUAUAGCAUGCUUGUAUUUAAAUUUCCCCUUCAGAGUUUAAAAAUUGGUACGCAGAAGUGCAGUAUAUGUUGCAACUCUCCUCAUGGGUCUGUUUUGAAUCAUCUCUGGAUCAUCCACAUUACAAAACUGUGGUUUUAAAUGUUUUUAUUUAUUCGUUUUUUUAAACCGACAGUUUUAACAAAUUAUUUCCACCUCAAUUCUCAUAAGAUAGCCAAAUUGGAUUAAGAGAGCCAAACAUGAUUAAAGCGGUGUACCAAAUAUCAACGACUGUUAUACUAGUGCUUUCUACAGAAAAAUCUGUCAUUUCAAAACCCUGCUUAAAAAGGCAACCAAUACAUCCCUCAGAAAGUGUUCAGCAAUAAACAGAGAAGUUCACAGUGAAAUGAGGAAUAGUAAACUCACUUUAAACCAUGCCUGUAUGCAGUAUUUGGGAAUAAACUUCACUCUGGUUCUUUAGUGUCCAGAUCCUUUCAAAGUGUUAGGUUUGCUUCGGAUGAUAGUGGAGUCACUUUUAAUGAUCUUAACAGUCUAAGAGAUCUACUGCCCCCUCUAUUAAUACCACUGGUCCAUUUUAGAUAAAAAUUGACUCCAACUCUGUACAAACUACCAUUCACAUGUGUUCUAAGAAAUUGACCCAGUAAAAUUACCAAACAAGAAAUUAAAAAUACUUUAGGGGUUGUAAGUAGUACUAUACAAUUAGAUUGAUAUGAUCUACCUAUUCCUAAUUGGUUUUUUUAAAAUAUAAUAUUAGUUGUAUCCGGUAUCAUUCUCUAUAGCUGUUUCUGUUUAGAGCAUUACUGACCAGGCUUACUAACUCUUCCAGAUAAAGCUGCUUCUGAGUUUCUGAAGUGAGGUGGGGAAGCACAUUAGUGUUGCACUGAAGCGUGCGCAACACUGAUAUGCUUCCUCGCUGUGAGUAGUCUUUUCAGAAGCGUAUUUUGCUGUAAUAGUUAGUGAGCAUGUCAAGUAAUGAUGUAAGAAGAAAUAGCAAUAGAGAAUUAUACAGAACACAUAAAAGGAUAUUAAACAGAGAAGAAAUGAAAUGUUAGGAAAAUGUAGAUGGUAGAAAGUUGUUAAAUAUUUGUUUUUUAAAUUGUGAUUGUUGUUGUUUUCUCCUUAUAAAUGGUCAUUUUCUAAUACAUAUCUGGAGUAAAGCAUAUCCUAGAGUUUAAAGAGGGUUCCUUAUUGAUAAUUUCUUUCAAUUCUAAGCCCAAAAAGCUGUUUAGUUUAGAAAUGUAUAUCUGGCACUUUCUUUUUAAAUAUCAGACAGGCAAUGGCCAGACGUAAAUCCCCAUCUGAUACCAGAAACCUGAAACCUACUUAUAUCUAUUUAAAAAAGAUGUUUUUUGUGCAAGUUAUACAAUUUUUACUGUCAUUUUGUCUGUUACUUUUCUGCUGGCUUGUAAAUGCUUUCUCACCAACCAAUACACUAUUGGAGUAAAUGUCCGCUUGCUUUACUUAUUUCAUUUAAUGUCGUUCAAACAGACCAGACCCGCUUUACUGAACAAAAAAACGUUUUAAUGAGGUCAUCCAGUUAUUUGUGUUUAUUUUCUUUGUGUGUGCGAGUGAGACUUUUACAUCUGGACUACACAAGCAAUCAAUCACUUCUAUACUGGAGCAAACUGGAGUUGUGUUGGAUUGACUUAGGCUACUUACUGGCCAAUAGUGGCAUAUCAUUUAUCCAUCAUGUACUGGUUAUGAGUUUGGGGAAAUGGGAUGGUCUUUAUGCCCCCUUGACUUGACCCCCAAAACAGUGGCCUGUUUGUUAAUCCUUGUGUGUUUUCUAUAUGACAUGUUUCUCAAACCUUUGUUUUGUAUAAUAUUGAAUGCAUCCGCUGUUGACGUCAUUCUCUAGAACAUUUUCUGUCACCUACAGGAUGGCUACAUGGAAGACGGUUGCUUGCUCUUGCUUGUGCAAGGAACUCUUAUCAAAGCAGCUCUUCCAACCUUGGGAAGAUCACCUUCAUGCAUUCCAUUAAACACUAGGUUGACCCAGUGGACAAACACUUGAUCUUAAAGGAAUGUACUUAGAAUUACAGACUUUGGAAUGUCCCUAGAACAUUACUGGGAAUGGACUGCAGUUGACCCGCCUAGAUCAGUCUGGUACUAGGAUCCGGACCUAGAACCUUGGCAUCUAAGACUGAUCUAGCACAGAAAAGCACAUUGGGUCUUGGUGAAGGGACUCAUCUACAUAAUCGCCAUACCUUCAGAACCGGCUAAUUGCUGUAUAGUAUUUAUCUUGUUCCACUUCUUUACAAGCUUUUAACAAUAUGGGAGACCAGUCAUUGAUACUAAUAAUUACUUCUGUAUUAUUGAAAAGUGACACUGGCUUCAGUACUUCUAAAAACGUAUCAUAAAUAUAUUUAACCGGAUGCUGGUUAUAAUGAUGUUCUAAUUAAGAGCAUACAUACAGUACAUAUUAAUUGAUUUCCUAAUUCCCAAAUUAUAUAACAUAUGGACCCCAUGCUUGUAAUUUACAAAAAAAGCUGAUUAUUAAGAGUAGAGAUCUCAAUGAUGUGACAGACUAGAAUAAAAGCUAACUUUCUUCUAACAAUUAUACUAUACAGCUUUUUGAAUGGGCAUGUCAUUGUUGAGAUAUGUGGUCAAAUGCCAUAUUGGUUGGUUUUGAUUGUAACAGAGUGAAAAUGAUCUCUUGCAGAAUGCAUUUGUGUACUAUACAUGCCAUGUGUUGAUAUCAGAUCAGUAAAUGUGUGCAUUCUAGUUUCCCAUUUUAGUUUUGCUCCUGUUAUAUUUGAAAAAAAAAAACAUUAAUAUUAUUUAAUAUAACAGUACCACUGUUAUGAUUUUUUUUUUUUACGUUAGAAAAUUGAUACAUGACAUGUCAUAAUGGAUUAUUUACAGUCAUUAUUAAUAAAUAGGGAUGUGUUUCAAACAUGAUUAAAA